GCGGGCCGGCCCAUUCAUCGCCGGCAGAGCCGCCAUGGAGGCGCUCAUCCCCGUCAUCAACAAGCUGCAGGACGUGUUCAACACGGUGGGCGCCGACAUCAUCCAGCUGCCGCAGAUUGUCGUGGUGGGCACGCAGAGCAGUGGGAAGAGUUCGGUGCUGGAGAGCCUGGUGGGCAGGGACCUGCUCCCCCGAGGUACGGGCAUCGUCACGCGCCGGCCCCUCAUCCUGCAGCUGGUGCACGUGGCCCCUGAAGACAAGCGCAAGACCAGCGGUGAGGAGAACGACCCUGCUGCGUGGAAAGGCGCAAGACACCCUUCCAAAGGCGUUGAAGCGGAAGAAUGGGGUAAAUUUCUCCACACCAAGAACAAACUUUACACAGACUUUGACGAGAUUCGCCAGGAAAUUGAAAGUGAGACAGAAAGGAUCUCAGGGAGCAACAAGGGAGUCAGCCCUGAGCCCAUCCACCUGAAGAUCUUCUCCCCCAAUGUGGUCAACCUGACUCUUGUGGACCUUCCAGGAAUGACCAAGGUGCCCGUGGGGGACCAGCCCAAGGACAUCGAGCUGCAGAUCAGGGAGCUCAUCCUGCGCUUCAUUAGCAACCCCAACUCCAUCAUCCUCGCCGUCACCGCUGCCAACACCGACAUGGCCACCUCCGAGGCCCUCAAGAUCUCCAGGGAGGUGGACCCUGACGGCCGCCGGACACUUGCGGUGAUCACCAAGCUGGACCUCAUGGAUGCAGGCACAGACGCCAUGGAUGUGCUGAUGGGCAGAGUCAUCCCGGUCAAGCUGGGCAUCAUUGGGGUGGUGAACAGGAGCCAGCUGGACAUCAACAACAGGAAGAGUGUGAGCGACUCCAUCCGGGACGAGUAUGCCUUCCUACAGAAGAAGUACCCCUCACUGGCCAACAGGAAUGGAACCAAGUACCUGGCACGGACGCUCAACAGGCUGCUGAUGCACCACAUCCGGGACUGCCUGCCAGAGCUGAAGACCAGAAUCAACGUGCUGGCAGCACAGUACCAGUCCCUGCUCAACAGCUAUGGGGAGCCCGUGGACGACAAGAGUGCCACCCUGCUGCAGCUCAUCACCAAGUUUGCUACUGAGUACUGCAACACCAUUGAGGGCACAGCCAAGUACAUCGAGACUUCAGAGCUGUGCGGUGGCGCAAGGAUCUGCUAUAUUUUCCACGAGACGUUUGGGCGGACCCUGGAGUCCGUGGACCCCCUUGGCGGCCUCAACACCAUCGAUAUCCUCACGGCCAUCAGAAAUGCCACGGGACCCCGGCCGGCGCUGUUUGUGCCGGAGGUGUCCUUUGAGCUGCUGGUGAAGCGGCAGAUCAAGCGCCUAGAGGAACCCAGCUUGCGCUGCGUGGAGCUGGUGCACGAGGAGAUGCAGAGGAUCAUCCAGCACUGUAGCAACUACAGCACACAGGAGCUGCUGCGUUUCCCCAAGCUGCAUGAUGCCAUUGUGGAGGUGGUUACCUGCCUGCUGCGCAAGCGUCUGCCUGUCACCAACGAGAUGGUCCACAACCUGGUGGCCAUUGAGCUGGCCUACAUCAACACCAAGCACCCUGACUUCGCUGAUGCCUGCGGCCUGAUGAAUAACAAUAUCGAGGAGCAGAGGAGGAACCGAUUAGCACGAGAACUGCCCUCAGCCGCAUCCCGGGACAAGUCUGCUAAAGUGGCCAGUGCUCUGGCUCCCGCCCCCCAGGAGACCUCCCCUGCUGCUUCUGCUGAGGCUGACGGCAAGGCAGGAGCGGGCGGUUCCGGCGGGCAGGCUUCGGGACACGGCUCCUUGCAGGUGGCCCCUGGAGGUGGUGGUGUUGGAGAUGCUGUGCAGGAGCCGACAGCAGGCAGCUGGCGGGGGAUGCUGAAGGCCUCGAAGGCGGAGGAGCUGCUGGCUGAGGAGAAGUCCAAGCCUCUGCCUGUGCUGCCCGCCAGCCCGCAGAAGGGCCAUGCCGUGAACCUGCUGGAUGUGCCCGUCCCCGUAGCCCGGAAGCUGUCAGCCCGGGAGCAGCGGGACUGUGAGGUGAUCGAGCGGCUCAUCAAGUCCUACUUCCUCAUCGUCAGGAAGAACAUCCAGGACAGUGUGCCCAAGGCGGUGAUGCACUUCCUGGUGAACCAUGUCAAGGACACACUGCAGAGUGAGCUGGUAGGGCAGCUCUACAAGUCCUCGCUGCUGGACGACCUGCUCACUGAAUCUGAGGACAUGGCCCAGCGCCGCAAGGAGGCAGCUGACAUGCUCAAGGCCCUGCAGGGAGCCGGCCAGAUCAUCGCUGAGAUCCGAGAGACUCACCUGUGGUGAGCGUCCCGCCCCCGCCCAGACUCUAUUUAUGACCCUGACCGGCUGGACACUGGCCCCACACCUGCCACUCGUGUAGUCCACAAUAAAUGGCUGUUUCUCAGGCUGACUGGCCAGCA